UGUUAGUUAUGACCAAGAAAAGACGAGGGAGAGAGAAGCGGGGCGAAGAGGGGAAGGGAGAUGGGGGAGAGCCCGAGCUCGUUCGAGACUCUAAGGAAGUGGGUCGUCGAGCACAAGCUUCGGACCGUGGGGUGCCUCUGGCUCAGCGGCAUUGGGAGCUCGAUCGCGUACAACUGGUCGCAGUCUAAUAUGAAGCCCAGCGUCAAGAUCAUCCACGCCAGGUUGCACGCUCAGGCUCUAACAUUGGCGGCUUUAGCUGGAGCUGCAGUGGUUGAGUAUUAUGAUCAGUAUCAAUCCAAAUCAGGAGGACCAAAAGCGAAUUAAAAUGCUGGCGAAUUCC